AUGAAGUUCUCACAUUCGCUGCAAUUCAACGCGGUCCCUGAGUGGUCGUCGAAGUAUAUCGCGUACUCGCAGUUGAAGAAGCUCGUGUACACACUGCAGAAAGACAAGCUGUACCAGCAUGAGACGUUUGCACAGGACCCCGAGCGGGUGCCGCUUGCACAGAGCUACAUCGAAAGAUUCAUUGCGGCGCUGGAUAAGGAGCUGAGGCGAAUUGACAAAUUCUAUGUCUCUCAGGAAACCGGAAUUCUUGCCAACUUCCAGGAGCUGAAGGAUGACGUUGAAGAUCUGCAGCGGGAGGGCCUCACCAAGCCACGCCACGAGGGCGAGGAAUACGGGGCGGGGGGAUUGAAUCGAAGACAGAGUCUUUCAAGUGCCUCCGUGGCCAACUCCGAGCCUGAGGAAGAGGACCUCUCGAUGAGCCACGGACUAGCAGGGACGCCAGACUACGACGUGGAGCCGUUACUGCGGCGGAGCAGCGGGGCUGAUGAUCGAUUUCUGCAGCAAGGCAUUCUCUUGAAGAAGAGGUUGGUAAUGGCGUACACACGGCUGGCCGAGCUGAAGUCGUACUUCGAACUGAACCACACGGGCUUCUCCAAGAUAUGCAAGAAAUUUGAUAAAUCGCUGGAGACCAACAUCAGGGGGAACUAUAUGCAGUCUCUUCCUAAAAAGACACACAUGUUUUCACAAGGGAGGAUAGAGUACAUCAGCACGUGCAUCCAAGAGACAAUCAUGAUGUACGCAAGUCUCAUCCAUGGAGUCAACCAUGAUUCGAUCGGCCCAGAAGAACUACAGGAGGCGGAAGGGGAAUUGUCGUUGUAUCUGCGCGAGCAUGUGGUAUGGGAACGUAAUACUGUGUGGAAAGAUAUGAUGAAUAUCGAAAGGAAGGCUCAAAAUGUGAAAUCACAGAAGACAUAUGGCCGGCAGGCCACAAGCGCAAUUGAACCAGGUGAAUCAAAACCAUUUCCAGAAGCAAGCAAUGUUUUCCAGCUAACCGCUGCGGAGCUUUGGGGAUUACUAUGGGAUUCCCCGCAGUUGCUAAAGUUCUUUGGAAUCACUGUAGUAUUUGCUGCGCUUUUGGUGAUCGCUCCACUGGCAGAUCCGCUGCAAAGUAAUUGUCUAGCGAUUCUGGUAUAUGCGUCCUUAUUGUGGGCAACUGAAACGGUUCCUCUGUUUGUUACUUCUCUUCUUGUACCUCUACUAAUCGUUGUAUUCCCCGUCAUACGGGAUGAACACACAAACGCAGUCAUGCCUGCAAAGGAUGCCUCCCAGUUCAUUCUCUCAUCCAUGUGGUCCAGUGUGAUCAUGCUUUUGUUGGGUGGUUUCACAUUGGCAGCGGCUCUUUCAAAGUAUAACAUUGCAAAAGUCUUGUCCACACAUGUGCUCGCGUCCGCAGGAACCAAUCCGAGUGCCAUCCUCUUGGCUAACAUGCUUGUUGCAUUAUUCGCCUCGAUGUGGGUUUCCAACGUGGCAGCACCGGUUUUAUGCUAUUCAUUGAUUCAGCCCCUUCUUCGCACGAUGCCAAGAUCUUCUCCUUUCCCGAAGGCAUUGAUACUGGGUAUUGCCAUGGCCUCCAAUAUAGGAGGAAUGGCCUCGCCUAUUGCAUCGCCACAAAAUAUAUUUGCUAUAGGUGUUAUGGAUCCUGCGCCUUCCUGGCUACAGUGGUUUGCUGUCGCUUUGCCUAUCUGUGCUAUUUCAAUAGUAUUUAUCUGGGUUUUGUUACUGGUGACUUUUCCCAGGGAUCGGAACCUCAAGAUACUUCGGUUACAUCCUAUUUCGGAACCAUUUACCAUUCAACAAUGGUAUGUCAUAGCUGUUACUCUUGUUACUAUUAUUCUGUGGUGCCUGGCUAAACAGAUUUCUGAUGUAUUUGGAGAGAUGGGUAUAAUUUCGAUUAUACCGAUGGUUGCGCUUUUCGGGACAGGCUUACUAGACUCAGAUGAUUUUAAUAAUUUCAUGUGGACAAUCGUUAUAUUAGCAAUGGGAGGAAGUUGCCUGGGUAAAGCUGUAACCUCUUCAGGAUUGUUGGCCACAAUGGCCAAUACGGUUAAAGAUAAACUAGCAACAUCGCCAAUCAUCUCAAUUGUCCUAAUAUUUGGAAUAGUGAUAUUAACUAUGGCUACCUUUGUAUCUCAUACAGUGGCAGCAAUGAUAAUUAUUCCUCUGAUGAAAGAAAUAGGAAUGAGCCUGCCAUCGGGAGAUCAUUCGAGGCUACUGAUCAUGGUAACUGCACUACUAUGUUCAGCUGCUAUGGGUCUCCCCACCUCCGGUUUCCCAAAUGUCACAGCUAUAUCUAUUAUAGAUGAAGUGGGGGAUCGCUAUUUGAAUGUGAGCACUUUUAUUACACGGGGUGUUCCAGCUAGUAUUUUAACAUAUCUUGUUAUAGUUACUGUGGGGUACACAUUAAUGUCAUUGGUUGGGUUCUAA